CUGGGAAGUGUCUGGGCUGCGGUCGCGCUCCAACAUCUGAGGAGGGACGGGAGCUGAGGAGGCCACACAGCUAGGGAGUGUGGCAGCCGCGUGCGGGCUGCUGGUCGGUGCUGCCCGAUGGAGCCGGCUCUGAGGAACAUCCUCGUGGUGUCGUCUGGGUUCCUGCUGCUCUUCACGGCCUACGGGGGCCUGCAGAAUCUGCAGAGCAGCCUCCACAGCGAGGCCGGCCUGGGUGUGGCCACGCUCGGCACGCUCUACGGCGGGGUCCUGCUCUCCUCCACCUGCCUCCCGCCCCUCCUCAUCCGGAAACUGGGCUGCAAGUGGACCAUGGUGGUCUCCAUGUGCGGCUACGUGGCCUUCUCACUGGGCAACUUCCACGCCAGCUGGUACACGCUGAUCCCCACCUCCAUCCUGCUGGGGCUCGGCGCAGCCCCACUGUGGUCCGCCCAGAGCACCUACCUCACGGUUCUGGGGCACGCCCACGCAGAGAGGGCCGGGAAACUCGGCAAGGAUGUGGUGAGCCAGUAUUUCGGCAUCUUCUUCCUCGUCUUCCAGUCGUCCGUGUGGGGCAACCUGAUCUCGUCCCUGGUGUUCGGCCAGACUCCCACUCCAGAGCCCCUCCCCGAGGAGCAUCUGGCCAGCUGUGGGGCCAGUGACUGUCUGAUGGCCACGGCGUCCAGCAACAGCACCCAGCAGCCCUCGCAGCGGCUGGUCUACACGCUGCUGGGCAUCUACACGGGGAGCGGCGUCCUGGCCGUCCUGUUGCUCGCGGUUUUCCUGGAGCCCAUAGAAGACGCGGGACAGAGCAGGGGAGGGGAGAAGCCGCCGCCUGCCUGGUCCACGCUGCUGUCCACCUUCAGGCUGUUCCGGGACCAGCGCCUGUGUCUGCUGAGCCUGCUGCCGCUCUACAGCGGGCUGCAGCAAGGCUUCCUCUCGGGCGAGUACACCAGGUCCUACGUCACCUGCGCCCUGGGCAUCCAGUCCGUGGGCUACGUGAUGAUCUGCUUCUCGGCCACCAACGCGCUGUGCUCCCUGCUCUACGGGAAGAUCUCGCAGUUCACAGGCAGGGCGGCGCUCUACGUGCUGGGUGCCGUCACCCAGCUCUCCUGCAUCCUGGCCCUGCUGCUGUGGAAGCCAUGCCCCGCCCAGCAGGUCCUCUUCUUCCUCUUGGCCGGCCUGUGGGGCCUGGCGGACGCCGUGUGGCAGACGCAGAACAACGCUCUGUACGGGGUCCUGUUUGAGAAGCACAAGGAGGCGGCCUUUGCCAGCUACCGCCUCUGGGAGGCCCUGGGCUUCGUCAUCGCCUUCGGCUACAGCGCCUUCCUCUGUGUCAGCGUCAAGCUCUACAUCCUGCUGGCCGUGCUGACCGUGACCAUGGUGGCCUACGGAACCGUGGAGCGCAUGGAGGCCAGGAAGCCGCACACGCCGCCGGCUGCAGGGCCCGUGGCCCACGCGGAGGGGGACACGCAGACGGCCCUGUGAGGCCCCAUGUGCGGCUGCAGCGGGGAGCAGGCUGAAGACACACCGGGGGCGUCCGGCUGCCCGCUCCCAACCAGGCCGGCCCCGCGUGGCCACGGCCACGUGUGACUUUGCUUCUCUGGAGCGUUUCUCUGUUCUAACGGAUUCUCUGCCCACAUCUCACCACGAGCGAUGCAGAGGGGAGGGGAAGGCAGCCAGCCACUGGGACCCGGCCUGGGGCGCGGGCUGACCCUUGCGUGGGUUCUUCUGAAGACGCCC